AUGUCGUUCGGCACCUUGUGUGGCAUCUUGCAGACACCGGCCAGGCAAAGCAAACCCCCGCGGCUCGCCGGCCCCGCAGCUGUACUGCACGCCCGCUGCUAUUCUCAUGGGUCACAAGAAUCAGAUGAAGAAUUUGACGCUCGCUGGGUGACGUAUUUCAACAAGCCAGAUAUCGAUGCCUGGGAGCUCAGGAAAGGCAUAAACACGCUUGUGGGUUAUGACCUGGUUCCGGAACCAAAAAUCAUCGACGCGGCUCUGAGGGCAUGCAGACGGUUAAAUGACUUUGCCAGUGCUGUCCGCAUCUUAGAAGUUGUAAAGGACAAGGCAGGACCUCACAAGGAAAUCUACCCUUACGUUAUCCAGGAACUUAGGCCAACUUUGAGUGAACUGGGAAUCUCCACUCCAGAGGAACUGGGCCUGGACAAAGCAUAAAACCUUAUCGGUGCGUCGCUCCCGCGCUUUACCGCAGCUACCUGAUUGUACACAGUCGCCUGGAGACACAAAUGUAGAAAAUAUUACCUUAUUUGAAAUAAUUUCUUCCUUUAUUGAGUCACAACGUAUGUGAUGUGAAUUUGGGCCUAAUAAAGGAAAAACUGGUUUGGCUGAGGCGGUA